CCUCUCACAAUAUAUAACACAUCCACAUUCCAUGAACGUCACAAAAACGUUACUUAAAACCGAUUAAACAUCAUGGUCACUAGACAAAAACCGUGAGUGUGUGAUGAUGAAGAAGAGUUGUUCAUCUUCUUUCCAGAACUUGGGUUCUUUCCCAAGUCCAGGGGAUCCAUACUACAGAAGCCUCGGGAACCAAAAGGGGUGGAGCUCAGAGAGAGUUUCGAAGCCUUCAAGCAGCAUCAGCAGAAGACACACUAUGUCAGGGUUGAUAACACCGCUGAGCGGUGGAAGAACAAUGCCUUCUAAAUGGGACGAGGCCGAGAGGUGGAUUUGUAGCCCAGUUUCGGCCUAUGCUGAGAGCAGAAGCUCGCAUGCACAGCUUCAGCGUCGGCCCAAGUCCAUUAGCGGCCCAAUUGUGCCUCCUGGAGUGGCUGCUUUCUACUCCAAUUAUUCGCCUGUGGUUCCUCUGCGCCAAGGUUUGGUUGUGAGGAACUUAGUGGUGGGUUCACCCUUCUCCACUGGGGUCUUGGCACCGGUUGCUGUUUCUGUUCACCAUUAUGAUGCACAUGAUGCCACCGUUUUUGGCUAUGAGAAUAAUGAGGUGUUACUUUCUUCGAUGUCCACUGCACCCACGUGCUCUCAACUGCCCUGUGACCAAUCAUCUCAUAUUUCUCAAGAUGAGAAACAUGAUGAAACGAUGAAUGAGGAGAACCUAACAUCUCAUUCCUCGAGGUGUGAUAAAGGUACCCAAAUGAGUCCUUCAGAGACAGAGAAUGAUGCGCAUUCAUCUCCUAAAUCUUCUGCUACUUCAGUAGUGGAUCAACAAGAAUGCCAUUCUCCUAAGUUAGAGGUUAGAGAUGUGCAAGUUGACAGUCAAGCUACUAUUAUCAGGUGGUCCAAGAGGCAUGCAACCAAAUUGGCCAAUAAAGACUCACUGCACAGCAAAGACUCAAGAGCAAUUAGUGCCGAAACACAAGCAUCAUGUUGGGAAAAUGACGAACCAAAUAUGGACACUUCCAAGAUACAGAGAGAGGAAGCCAAAAUCAUUGCGUGGGAGAAUUUGCAGAAGGCAAAGGCUGAAACGGCAAUCAGGAAACUUGAGAUGAAAUUAGAAAAGAAGAGAUCGUCUUCAAUGGACAAGAUCCUAAACAAGCUGAGAAGGGCACAGUUGAAAGCUGAAAGUAUGAGAAGCUCAGUACCUGAACAACAGGGCCAUCAGGUUUCCAAGUGCAGAGUGUUUUCAUUCUCCAAAUAUGCGCAGAUAUGGUCUCCAACCAGCUGCUUCAGCAGCCAUGAUCAAUGAUCGAUUGAUCCCAUGUAAAAUCCCUCAAGACAUUAAGGUUUGACCAGUUUAUAAUGGAAUAUACUACAUUGUCUUAAUGCCAAUUUGAUGUAAUUGGCACGGGUUAGAAAGCCUAACACCAUUAUUUGCACCUAUGUACGUGUGUAUUCCGUGUAUAUAAAAGCACAGCGGUUGCGACGUACUUUCUUUUUUCUUUUUCUAGAUAUUUUUUUCUCGAUUUCUUUAUGAACAUGCUAAGUACUCGUGGCUGGUGAUUGAUGAAAAAUUACUACAUGGUCCAUGAUCAACUGGUUCUGUAUCAUACUUGUAAACUUGCCAAGGAUCUUCCACCUGCUGAGAAGGUAAGAUCACCUUAAAAAUGUCAAUAUUGAUCAUUUGUGUGAAACACUUUUCA